UUUUCAGUAACUCUGCUCGCGAUUUGCGAAUCGUCAAAUCGUCAUUUUUGAUGAAUAAUAUUUGAUAUGUUUGAAGAACAGAUGGUUAUAAUAAUACUUGUAAAUUUUUGUAAAUAUCGAAUGUCUUGAAAUUUAUUACGUCAUAUUUUACUUUCAACGUAAAUACAAAAUGCCUCAUUUCAUAAGCACCAAAGAUGAAAUUGUACAAAACAUGGACGAUAUCAAUUCUGAUUUUGCUUCUCUUAAAGUAUCUGUUUUGAAGAAAGCUUCUCGCAUAUCAGGCGAAGUAGAUAGAAUUACAAUUGGUCCUAAUUCAAUAACAAAUGAAAAUGAAAAUAAAAAAUCAGAAAAUAUAGAAAAUGAACAAAAUUCUUGUAAUAUAACAAUUCCAAAAAAAUCUAUUCAUUCACAAAAUAAUGGUAUUACAUUUUCAGUAAAAAAAAUUCUUUUAGAAAGUGAAUAUCAAAGAAAAGAAGAAGUUCAGAAAGAAAUUGAGCGUCAUUGGCAACAUAUGAAAGAAAAUGGAAAAGUUAUACAAGAACAUAUAGCAGUAUCACGUUCACAUAUGGCUAAAGAACGUGAACGUAGAAGUAAAGAAAAUUAUGCAUACAUAUUAGCAGAAGAAAGAAUGGCAGAACAAGAAGAAAUACGAAGAAGACAUGAACGACAAAAAGAAGUUGAAGAAUAUAGGAAAGAAAUAAAAGAAAAAGAAGAAUUGACCAAAAAAAUAAUGAUUUUAAGAAAUAUGUAUGUUAAAAAAUAUCAUGACAUUAUAGAGCUUUCUGAAAAUUUUAAAGAUAAAAAUUCUUUUACACUAUCAUCUUCUUAUGCUGUAAAAUUAGAAGAAUUACAUCUUCAAAUGAAAGUUAUAGAUGAAAAAAUUAAGAUAGGUGAUAUAACAUCUGUUGAUUUAAAUAUUAUAGUAAAUCUAAUUCAUCAAAUUGAUGAAAUGUAUGGUAUGUUUAAAUCAGAGAUAGAUAGAAUAAAUGUUCAAUGCGAAAGAAAUUUAAUUGGAACAGAAAAUACAGUACAUUCUCAUAUUCAAUUACCAGUUUCAGAAAGUCAAGAACUUAAGAAUAAUCAAAUAAUUUCUGAAACAGCUAUUUCAGAACAAAUAAGUACUAAUAAUUCAGAAAAUAAUAAUUUUCAAGAAUGUGGAGAUGAAAAAAAGCAAAGAAGUUUACAAACAGAUAAUAUAUCUUCAGAUAUUUCACAAAUAACAUCACCAACUGCUAAUAUAGAAGAAAAUAUAUCAAAAACUGAAUUAGAUAAAGAUCACUUAUAUGAAUAUGUUGAUAAAGAUUUGUUAGAAACAUACAUGAAUAGUCAAAAAUUUUUUGAAAAUCAUGUAAAAAUGCUCGAUGAAUUUUUAUUAUCUGCAGCUACGAAAAAAUUUAGAUUUGAAUGUCAAAAAGCAAUAAAUAUACCUGUAAAUGCAAUAUCAGGUAUUAAUCAACAACAUCUGAAAGAUAAAUACGAAAGAUUAUAUAAUUUGCUUAUGGGAAAAUCUUGGCCGGAUGUUAAUCAAUAUCCGCAGGGUGCAGCCUUUUGUAAAAAUAUUUUAGCUAAAAAGAUAGUUAAUCAAGGUGAAACACUUGUUUCAAGUAAACCAAAGAUGGCAUUUCCUAUUGCUGCCAUAAUUGUAGCCCUUUGGAAUGAUCAUUCCGAUUUUGGUGAUCUACUUUUAUCUCAUUUUCAUAAUACUUGUCCGUUUACGGUUCCUAUUUUUAUGCCAAAAAUGGUAGGACAAUCGAAUGAAGAUUAUUACAAAUUAAUGGGUUACAAAUAUGACGAAGAUGGUACAAUUGAGAAGCAUGAUAAAUUUUUAAAAAGAAUGUCUGGUUUGAUGAGAUUAUACGCUUCUAUUACUAUCACGAUUCAAAGAAAAGGAAUUACUAAAACUAAUCCACAUGGACUUCAAAAUGCAUGGCGAUGGUUGGCUGCUAUUUUAAAUAUUGAACCACGAAAAGAAGUAUCAGAUAUAUGUGCAACUCUUUUAUUGGAUAUGCUUGAAGUUGCUGGAAAUACAUUAUGGAUUGCUUAUCCAAAACAAUUCCAUAAACUCUUAAUUUUAUUAUCGGAAGAAUAUUACCCACGUAUGAAAAAUGUAGGAUGUAUUGGCAGUGGUCCAUUGGUACGAUUAGAUGAAUUUUUGCGAAAUAGUUUAAGUAAAGGUUCAAUAGCUGCUCCUGAUGGUCAACUUCCUCCAGAUUUUUGGUGAUAUCAGUAUUAUAAAUUAAUUAUUUAAUCUGAAUUAUAUACCUUGUAAAUUUUUAGCUGUUAUUGAUAUUCGUAAAUCAUUGUCUAUAUAAUAUAAUAUAUGAGAAUUUUCUCAUGAAAAAAAAAUUUUAAACUAAUUUGUAUAUAUAAAAAAUCAUUAUUUGAAUAUCAUAUCUAUUUAUUAAACUUUCAAUGCAUGAA